CGUGACCACGCCCAGGCCUGUGCUGAGACCCAGCGUCCGCACGGUAGCGGACGCCUUUAUGGAAAAGGUCCGAGUGGGACUAGGACAAUCACCUUCAGCUUUUGCACGCAACCAGAUGAUUUGCCUUUGGGCUCUGAGCCUUCAAAGCACUUCACUUGAUCUUUUAUCUGUAUUGGUCCAGGCCCUUCAGUCAAGCAGAAAGCUUAUAAGGCAGCUUUGAUUAAACAUGACCUCCUUGUUUGCUCAAGAAAUUCGCCUUUCUAAGAGACAUGAAGAAAUAGUAUCACAAAGAUUAAUGUUACUUCAACAAAUGGAGAAUAAAUUUAUAGAUGAAAACAAGGGAAAGGCAUCUCAGAUGCAAGCAGCUGAGACUGCUUUUAAAAGGAACCUCAGUCUUUUAAUGGAUAUAGAAGCCGCAGAAAAGUCUCUGCAGACCCGGAUUCACCCAAUUCCAUCACCAGAGGUGGUUUCUCUUGAGACUCUUUACUGGGCAUCAGUAGAAGAAUAUAUUCCCAAAUGGGAACAGUUUCUUUUAGGAAGAGCACCAUAUCCUAUCGGUGUUGAAAAUGAAAAUGAAGCAGAAAAUACCGUUCAGAAUGAGGCACAGUGAUAACUUCUUCACAUACUCUUUUCAAAAAAAAAAAACCUGUUUAGUACAGCUGAGUAUUAAAGAAUACGCAGGUCAUUUCGGGUGCCUUAGGAAUCGAAUAUGUUCAUAUUGUCCCAUUACCUCCUCGAUGACAUGAAGAUAAGAGAAUCAGCUGACAAAUCUCAGGUUCUAUCACUUUGAGACCUACUCUUACUUCAGGGUCAUGAAUUUGCUUUCUGCCAAACCCAUGGAAGUGUUGAGCUAAUACCGAAAGUUGGACUAUUUAUUAAGUAAGUUGCUAAAUAAGUGUUACAUGUGUCCUUCUUUUAAAAAAAAAUCAUUUAUAAUCAUUCUCAUCUAAACAAUGAAUACUUGUUGUUCUGGUUUUACAUUUUCUAGAAUCACUUUGGCUCUUUUAUUAUGGGGAUUAGGUUCAGCACAGGAUCCUAGUGGCUGUUGGCCAUUACAGUUUCCUUUAACAAAUGGAAAAAAUAGAGGCACUGAACUGCUUCAAUAUAGUAUGUCAGACAAUGGGUUUAUUGGAUUUUGUCCCUUAUAGAUAAUAAAACUUCUGAAGGUUCCGGAGGAAAGAACUAAACUACAAAGCAUUUGAGAAGUAGCCAGUUUCAGUGGAGCUCAGACUUGGUUCUGAAAAAGGUGACCUAUUAGAGCUGGAAAUGGUUAUUGGAUUUUGACUUAGUUAUUUAAGGACUACCAACCCUGUGAAUGCAAGUAACUCCUCUCAUCUUUUCAUCUUUAAACUUGCCCUUCCCUCUCCUUUGUUUUCUUUAUUUCCUAAACAACUGUCAGAAAGCUUUGUGGCUCCCCAGUCCUCCACUGCUGGAGUGCUCAAAAUGAUUUUAAUUUUUCUGACUAUAGACGCAGCUCCUGCUAGUAAGGGGAGUCUAUGCUCAUUACAAUUCAAGAGUAUAAAAAUUUCAAACUGGUGUGUGUUUUUACAUGAAGACAGUAGGACAAGCUUUAAAAAACAAACAAACAAACAAACAAAACCUAUAUUGAAACGUCCAUUGUGCCGAUCAGUUCCGUUAAACUACCAUCUUGGAAAUAUCCUGUUGAGUGGGUGUUGGUGUGGGUAACAAUAAUGUUGUUUUCAUAAUAUGCGCUGGCAGAUUAGCACACUUCUCUACAGUGUUAACAGUUGUAAUUAAGGAAUAAACAGCACAGAGUGUCAGUCCGAUGACAAUUUUAUCUAUAGUGUCACAAUACAAAAUGUCACAAAAUAUUAGAACUGUUAUAUAACUAUAGAAAGUAUCAGCUUAAAAGCUGAAAGCCUUAAAAAAAGAGAGAGAGAGAAAGGAAGAAAAAAGAAAACUGGCAUAGAGACCAGAACAAUUUAUACCUUCUCAAGAAUCUUCUGACAUGAAAAUAAAUUGAUAAUUUUUUUUUCCUGUUACAUCACAGUUUGGUUUCUAGCCAUCCAGUUGAUUUAGCAGGAGAAUACAGGGCUUUUUAGCAGCUUUGAAUUGGUAAACAGAUUUAGAUGUAGUAGAAAGGAACAUGAGGAAUUUUUUUUUUUUAACAUCCAAUCUUUCCCAGCAUAUGCACAUAAGAAGGUGAAUGAAGCGAUGUGAAACUUAUUUCUCUUUAGUCAAGUGAAAAAAAGGCUAAACAUUUGUUGAGAUGGUAAAAUAUUGUGUCAAGCAAGUAGGCACAUUCCAAAAUUAAACAGUGGUUGAUACGUUAACAUCCUCAAAUAUUUGAGUGCGCACUUCCUUUGAGUUCUGUAAAUUAAAUCACCAGUAGAUGAGAUUAAAAUACAAAAUGAAUAGCGAUUUAACCAUCUCAGAUAAGGUGGGUUUUUUUCCUCCCCUAAAUUGACUAACUUGCUAAAUAGUUUCUAAAAAGAGCGUACAUUUAAUAUACCCUGGGUUACGACUUAUGGCAGAAGCGAUGUUACUUCUAGGUUUUAGCUGUACUGUUUCCCUAUUACUAGUGAAUACCUCAAAAACUCCCACAUGUGACUUUAUUCCUGGCCCCCACAGAGCUUCCCUCCCCUUCCCUCCUUGUAGACUGUAACAGAUUGCACCACAUGGUGUAUGUUUAAAAAAAAAUUUUCCAUAGGGACCUAGAUACCCCAUUAAAGGGCUUUAUAUUCUUUGAGGCAAAUUAGCUUUACAUAGGAAUUUCCAACUAUUGUUUUCUGUAAGGAGGGAAGAAAUACCAUAGCUCAUGUAUAUUUUGUAUGGCUCUUAGUAGAAAUCAGACAAGGAAAAAGAAAGGUCAUCUACUCAUACUAUCUCCCUGUCCCCCACUCCACCCCACCAAUUCAGUACCUUUACCAUAUGCUACAUUGUACCUCCUAGUCAUGAAAACUAUGAAUUUGUUUUGGGUUUUUUUUUUUUUUU